GCUGCGUUUAACAUUCCGAUACGGCGAGGGUUUUUCUCCAUCUUCUUCCUCUUCUACACCUGAGAGAAACCCUAAAACCCUAAUUAUCCAGAAAUCAACUUCCAGAGACAGCAAAUGUCAUAUUCGAGAGCCCUCAAGUACAUUUUCGGGUUAAGAUCCGAUCCAAUUUUCUCUUCGCCGUCAUCCACAAACUCUCUCUACAUCUCCGGUGGUCCUCCGAUUCCGUCUCAGCACCGAUCAAUCACCUCCUCAGCAACGCUUCACGGAUGGAUGGAUUCGAUUAAAGGUGUCUUUACAGGAAACAAGGAUACUCCCGUGGAGCAAUCGAAUCUACCCGUUGAAGACUUCACUCUUCUCCGAUUCGCCGAUGAGCUGAAGAACGCUAAGAGGUUAGGGAAGUUCAAGCAGUACAUUGUGGGUCGAAGCAGCGAGGCCACGUUUGCAGACGCGUUCGAGAAACAAGAAACCAUUAUGAGGUAUCUUGGAGCUCGUGAUGCUACAGGAGAGAAUCUGCAAGCGAGUCAUAAGCAAGAAGCGGCUAAGCAGUGCAACUGCACCAUAGCGGAUGUGGAGAAUACACUGUCCAAGUUUACUUGGGCUAGGCAAGCUCAUAAGAAGAUGACAGAGUUGAAAGAUGGAGGCAAACCGUUACCAAAGAACAUGGGAGAGCUGCAAAAGAUGAUGGGGUCAACCCCCAUGGAUAUGGCUAGAUCGAACUUAGCCAAAAGUGGGCAGAUCAGCCGAAAUGCACUUUGCCCCUGUGGUUCCAAAAAGAGAUAUAAAAGGUGUUGCGGAAAGGAUUGAACAAGCAGAAGUUGAAGUCAAAACAUCCAGAGAUGCAGUUUUAUCCAUCGUCUGUUGUAGUUUGUUUGUUCGAGUAAGCUACGGAAUCUUUUUGGGUUUUCUUUUAGCUCCUUCAUGGCUUCAUUUGUUUGUUAUGGUGUUUCAGCUACAUGAGUUGAGAAAAUAAAAGUACGAUUUGAGCGA